AUGCAGUCCCGCCCCCUGGGUCCGCGCACCCUUGGGCAUCGUGCCGCCUCGCCAGCACCACCUAUACUUCUACCAGAGACACCCCCGCUGGUCAUUCGCAAGAACUCCAAAGUCAACUCAACACUGGCACCCCCAAAUAACUCCCCUGGACGAUCCCAGACACCCCUCCUUGCACUAGAAAUUCCCUCCAAUCGUUCAAGGCCUGCAACACCAAAACCUUCAAUCAGAUUGCACAUACCGCCUGCCAACGGUUCAGCCAAUGGAUCAAACCAUCCAGGAGAUGGCGAUUCACCACUAUUUGAGAGUUACUACGGUGGGCCAGUGGCCAGUGGUCCUUCCUCAGUCAACGGUGUAGGUCAUAUCGAUGAAGCCACUAUGCGACCUCCCUCGACGACGACGUUCCAGCCUGCGCAACGGCCUGCGGAACCAUUAGAUAAUAUUCGAGGAAUGCUUCAUAAGCUAGACCUUCGUGCGGCAUCCGACAGUUCAUCUCGAGCAGCUGAAAGCCACGUAGACGAGGAGGUCAUUCAUAUAGCGGCGACACCUCAAUCCCAAUGGUCUGAUGACUUCUUGGUCGAGAUGAAACGACUUGGGGAAGGCGCCGGCGGCGCUGUACAUCUUGUUCGCGAUACACGCACGAAUAAGGUCAUGGCACGCAAGACCAUAACUACAAGGGAGGCCCCCAUGAGGCAGCUUCAAAGAGAACUUGCGAUCAUGUCGUCGACGCAGCACGUUAACAUCAUUCCUUUCUAUGGCGCCUACAUAUCGCCUUCGACGAGCGAAAUCAAAAUAUUGAUGGAAUAUUGCGAAGGCGGCAGCCUGGAUGCUAUCAGCAAACGUAUAAAAGAGCGCGGUGCCGUAGUCGGAGAGAAAAUUGCUGGGCGGAUAGCUGAAGGGGUUUUGCAAGGAUUAGCUUACCUACAUACCAGAAGAACCAUCCAUCGAGAUAUCAAGCCGUCAAAUAUUCUACUCUCUCGUGAAGGGGUGGUGAAACUCUGCGAUUUCGGCGUAUCUGGGGAGUUGGUCAAUUCAAUGGCAGGCACCUUUACCGGAACGAGUUUCUACAUGGCUCCAGAACGAAUCAGUGGCCAUGACUAUACCAUCCGAUCAGAUGUCUGGUCGAUGGGCAUCUCUCUGCUAGAACUCGUUCAAAAUCGAUUUCCCUUCCCAAGUGAUAUCGGCCCAAUUGACUUGAUGGUCCAUAUUACAUCUGGCGAGCCUCCCAGACUCGAGGAUGAACCUGGACUGUCGUGGAGUGAUGAUAUGAAAGAUUUUAUCAAGCAAACGUUAAUAGUCGAUUCUGCGACACGACCUACGCCCAAAGACAUGCUUGAACAUGCAUGGAUCAGGUAUGUCAUGAAACAGGAGGUACACAUGGCAAAAUGGAUUCGUCAAGUCUGGGGUUGGGCCAAACGCCGCAAGUCAAGAGAAAAUGAAAGCACCUCUCGUCCUAGCUCCAGUCGUUCGGAAAGCAACGACUUCUCACCCCCUGACUCCGAAUCGCCGCCGCUGGCAUGA